UCCACUUGUUGAAGAGGAGAGAAGGAGGACAAGCAGUAGGGUUUAAUAACUAACUUAAACCUGUCACUAAAACUCGGAUAAUGGCAGAAACCUUUAGGUAAAAAAAAAAAGAAGCCUAAUUUAGUUGCAGGAUGACAGAUGAGAUGAGCAGCAUGUCUGCGCUGAAGGAAGCUGGCGUCUUUGUUGCCUCCGUCGUUCUUGCGGGCGGAGUUGCGUAUGUUAUCUGGAAGUUGGCGUCCUCCUCCGGGAAGCAGAAUAAGGAGAGGAAGGAGAAGAAGAAAGAGGUUAAAAGUUGCAAAAAGGAAAGAGGCGUAAAGGAGGAAGAGGGGGAGAAGGCUGUGGAGGAGCCUGUUGUUGCAGCUGCUGCACAGAAAGCAACAGAGUCCAGACCUGCGGGGUCGGCUGGGACCCAGGUUCUGGUUCUGGGUCUGAAUGGAGCCGGUAAAACCAGCCUGCUGCACUGUUUCUCCACCGGCUGUCUGGACGAGGACAUGGAGCCGACGCAGGGCUUCAACGCCGUCUCCAUCAACAGAGAGGACAUGCACAUCGAGUUCCUGGAGAUUGGAGGUAAAGAGGAGCUGCGGCCGUACUGGCAGAGAUACAUGUCCAAAGCUCUCCUGCUCGUGUUCGUGGUGGACUCCUCCAACCCGGAGCUCUUCCCUGUCGCUAAGCAGCAUUUACAUGAGCUGCUGGCGUCACAUCCCAGCCUGCCUUUAAUGGUUCUGGCCAACAAACAGGAUCUUCCAGGAGCUUGUGGCAUCACGGACCUCCACGACUCCCUGUCCCUGUCCGAGGUCGGAGACCGCAGGUUGUUCCUCAUCGGCACACACGUGAAGAAGGGAGAGGCGGAGCUGAGCUCAGGAGUUCAGGACGCUCGGGACAUGAUCCUCCAGACGGCUUCUGACGGCAAAUAAAACCAUCGGCCUCACGUUAAAUAUUCAGCCUGGUGGUGUUUCUCACUUAAAUCCUGCAUGUUAGAUAACAUUUAAUAACAUUUAAUUCAUUUGGCUCGUUGCACUAUUCCCCCUUUUACUCUGUUUUCACUACAGCAGUCCGGCUGAACAUUUAAAACUACUGUUUUUCUCUCUCUAAUAUUUAACAGACGGGAUUAUAAAACUACUUCUCUGAACUUUAAACUGUAAAAUAUCAUCGACUCUAAGCUCCUGUUUCUCCAUCAUGUGACAGUACAGGCUUCUUUACGUUUGAUCUUCUCUUAGAAACUCAUUUUUAUUUAAAUCUGUGGCCUUCAGGACGUUCUAACCAAAUUUUAAUGCUCACUUUUAACUUCACCAAAGAUUUUUUUUUGUGUCCCGGCUGCAGGGGACGAGUCAAAAUGUACUUUACAGUAAAAGUAACUGAUGUCUGUUGCUAUGUUACUGCUCCUAAUAUCAUGUAGCGCUGCAGAUGAUGAUAAACAAGAAACUUUAGGAGCGGAUAAGGUCGGAGCUGCCUACAAGCUGUCAGAUGGUACAAAAAUCACUGUAGAUUUACUUCAGGCUGCAGAGUUAACAUCAUAGAAAUUCAUAUUUUCUGAGUUUAACUGUCUUGUGACAUUGGAAGCACAAAUAUUUACGUAAAAGCAUCGUUUUAUAGUACAGACACCUCAAGAUAAACACUCAACAAUCUGUACUUAGCAAGAUUUUAAUGAGAAAAUGUAAAUUCGAGUUUAAACUGAUGCUCUCAUACCAGCUUAAUAAACAUCUGUUAGAUUUUAAACUGUUCUUAUUUUAUCUCUGCUCGCAGGAAGUUACCACUUAAAACGUCAAAAAGCAAAAUCUUAAAGACAUUUCUGUGCUGCGUUCAGGUUACAGAUGGUACGUUACACAGUUCAUGAGCAUUUAAAUGUGUCAUUUUCUUUUCCAAACAGUGACCUCUUUCUGCCAUUUGGGGCCGCCAACAUGCAAACUUGGAGAGUGCAGCUUUAAUAAAAAAGAAACUAGCAGGCACCUGUUGACAAGCAAGAAGCACAAAUGAAUUAUAACAGUAAGCUGAAACUACUUAAGGUCUAUUGAGAUGAGUUUAUUGAGAUGGACACAGUGGUGAAGCUGAAAGUGGUUUACUAGAAUAAUCAUUUGGGGGUUUUUUUGUACUUAAAUCAUUGAUGAGACACUUAGUUACUAAACCUGAACACUACUUUCUUGCUUCAGGACCGUUACCGUUGGUUACAGCUUAAAAAACAUUAUAACGUUCAUGAGUUCAUUGUUACAUGUUUUAUCUUUAUCUUAUUAAAAGGUUACUGAGUUUAUCUUUAAAGGGAAUAUAACCCACAUGUGUAUUAGUUUAAUGAGUGACGUCACCAUGCAGAGACUGUGCUGCUGUUACUUUUGUCUUAAUACAGUUCGAUUUGGUGAAAUCUGUUUAAUACUUCUUUCUGCACUGUGGUGAUGAAGCUGAACUACACAUUGUCAAGAUGUACAAAGGUGAAAUUGUACCGUUUUUUGGAGGAAUGUAAAAGAUUUCAGACUGCAUAUUUUUCUUUAAAUUUUAUCCCAAAAAAUUCGUACAGUAGUUUUAUUUCAACACCAAAACAUAUCCGACAUACAGUGUUGUGUGAACAGAUUGUGCACGGAUUGUUAUACAGGUUUUUUUUCACAUUUAA